GGGGGGGGGGGUUAGGAGUCCAGAGACAACAAUUAACAUGACCCAGUCUUUCUUCCUGCUUGUUUCUUUGUUUUUUGACUUUUCCUUAACAAACUGGAGAAAGAAGACGACUAUUCAGAACAUCAGUGAACUUAUCAGGCGAGACUUUUACACUGGUACAUGAAGCAACAGGAGUUUGUAAAAAUAUGGGGGUCAGAUGUUAUUGAGGGAAUCACAGCAAAACUUCCCAGAGAAAUCACUGGAUUUUAUGUUAAACUACAAACUCCUGCAUUUAUCAAUGGCGUUAUUUGUAUGGCAUUGUCUGUUCUGUUUUUUCCCAUCCCUGCUACUUCUGCUGCUGUCUCUGGCUUUCCGCUGGCCCAAGGUACGUUGUUGGACGAGACUGACGGUCAGGGCUGCAGGCUGGAGACUCUGGGUCUUUAUUUGCCUGAUCCUGGAGCUGCCACUAGACAGGAACACAAGAACAUGGACCAAAGAGGCCGGAUCACCAGGGACAGAUGUUUUGUCUGGGUCAGAUCAAGCCUUAGAUGAUCCCAGGCUCAUCUGCAAACCCACUGGACUGGCAAAACAUCUGCUUCGACACUGUGGCUCUCUGGCCAGGCCGAGACUGGCCUCCUGGCCCAGGGGAGACCCCCACCUCCAGACUCUGUCCAGCCUGCUGUGUGGACAGCAUGAAGACACGUUACAGUUCACUAGAGACCAUCUGUUAUUAAGAGAUGGGGGUAUUGUAGCUCUUGACUGGGCUGUGGGAACAAGACUGGGUGAGGCAGUUGGGAGGAAGAGGUGGGAGGGGAGGAAGGAGCAUCAGCCAGGGGGAAAGGCGUUAGGCUGUUUCACCGCAACACCUCCUGUCCUCCUCCUCAUUCCUCAGUCCUGGGGAGGGAUGACCACCCACCUAAAGGUGCUGUGCCAUCAGGCCAUGCGUCAGGGCUUUUACGUGGUGGUGUUUCACGCUCGAGGCACAGCAGGGUGCCCACUGACCACAGCGCGACUGACUGAGUUUGGAGACCCAGCUGAUCUUGAGCAGGCAGUAACUUAUGUCCACAGCCGCCACCCAUCCUCUGUGCUGGUUGCGGUGAGUGAGGGUUCAGGCUCAGGGAUUCUUCUUUCCUACUUGGGGGAGUGUGGAUCAAGUUCAUACCUGACAGCUGCUGCUGCCAUCUCACCUGUACUCCUGGGCCAACUGUGGUUUGAAAGAGCCAUGCCUCCUAUUUAUCGCUGGGGGGGUUUGUUUCACCGGAAACUGCAGCUCAGCAGAUAUGCAAGUUCCUUCAGAGGCAACCUGGAUGUGGAUCGGGCCCUCAGCUGUUCCUCCUUCAGAGACUUUGAGGAAACUCUUUCCUGCUCUUCAGGCCAGCUUCAGCAGAGGGGCCCCAGACCUCCAAUAAGCUCUCUAAAUUCUGGACUGGGCUCAGGAUCUCAUUCCUCGCAGGGCCUGGCACCCUCAGUGGCCUGGGCACUGGGCGAGAGGGCUUACCCAGCCAAGGACUGGGACAGCUACUGGGAGAGGAACGAACCACUGAGAGAUGCAGAUGAGGUGGCAGUCCCUGUGCUCUGUAUCUGCAGCCGAGACGACCCUCCUCCCCCCGCCUCCACUUUACCCCUUCCUCUUUUCCAGAGCAAUCCUUAUUUCCUUCUGGCGUUGACACACAGAGGAGGGCACUGUGGAUUCACUCUGGAGGGCCGAGAAGAGAUGGAGGGAGGGAGGACUGGAAAUGAGGAGGUGGAGGAAGGUAACUGGAGUCAUAUCGCAGUUCUGGAGUACUUUAGAGUAGUGGCUGAUUUCCUGAAAGGGGAGGAGAGGGACGGGGCGAGCUGCGGUGGUCCCCUAGGAGAAUAUAGUCAGGCUUGGCAGAGGAGCAGGGCCAGCAACGUGGCUCCCACUCGCAGGAGGCGAGCCAACAUGAUGAGGAGACCAAGACUGCAGGCACCUGAGCAGAGCAGUGUGGAUGCAGAGGAAGGUAACUUCACCUGGAAGAGGUCCUACACACGCUGAGGAGGAAGAGAUGGCGAAGGAUGAGAUCUGCAGAGAGACAUUUUAUCGACUUUGGGCAAGAUUUGUGUUUUUUCCCUUGUUAUUCUCAAGUUACAUCUGUAGCUGGAUUUUUAAGAUGAUGAUAGGACAGUACUUCAAACAACUGGGAAAGAAAAUAAGGACAGUGGACUGUUGAAAACAUUUUGAUUUCAGAAAAAAACUAACUAAACUAAAUAUCAAGUAGACAUGAACUUUGGUAAAAACCAACAAAAAUGACAUGUUCUCAGAACAUGGGUUCCCUUGACAUUUUUUUAUUGAAAAAAUAAAAAUAAAAAAGAUUCA